AACCGAAUGUCAUCUUACCGGUUCGGUUUCGGUUUAACCCGAGAACCCGAACCCGAUUGGACACCCCUAGCUGAGGCGCAAGCUUUGCCAACCAAUGGGCAAUUAUGCUAGACGUGUUUGUGGAUUUUUGAAGCAGCUAAUCUCCCGGUUCGGGACACCUAGAGCCAUCAUAAGAGACCGAGGCACCCAUUUCCAGGACCAGUUUGAUAAGUUACUGUCUCGCUAUGGUGUCACUCAUAAGGUAUCCGUGGCCUAUCACCCUCAAACGAGUGGUUAGGUCGAGCUGAGGAAUUGGGAGCUGAAGCGUAUACUGGAGAAAAUGGUGGAUCAGUCCCGCAAGGAUUGGUCCACCAAGCUCGAUGAUGCUCUCUGGGCAUACCGCAUUUCCUACAAGACGCCAAUUGGUACUUCACCGUACCGGCUUGUCUAUGGAAAGGCAUGUCAUUUGCCCGUGGAGCUAGAGCACAAGGCCUUUUGGGCCCUUAAGCUGCUCAACUUGGAUAUAAGUGUUGCAGGUGUUAAACGAAAAUUGCAGAUGCUGGAGCUGGAGGAAUGGCGUUAUCACGCCUAUGACAACGCCAAGUUGUACAAGGAGCGCAUUAAGCGCCUGCAUGACGCACGGUUGCGGGGUCCGAAGGAGUUUCAGGUUGGUGAUCGAGUUAUCCUCUAUAACUCUUGCCUCAAACUCUUUCCUGGAAAGCUCCGCUCCCGGUGGUCUGGACGGUUCACGGUCACACACGUGUUCCCGUAUGACAAGAUUGAAAUUGCCAACCCGCAAAAUGAAUCGUUUAAAGUGAAUUGCCAUCGUCUCAAGCUCUACCUGGGAGACGAGGUCGAACGUGCGGUGUUGGUGGUUUAACUCGCGGACCCUUAUUUCCGCUAUGGUCGUCCAGCUAAAAGACGGUAAAGAAGCUCUUGUGGGGAGGCAACCCCACCACGAUUUGCAUUUCUUUUUCCCUUUUUCUUUGUUUUGUGUCGUGUUUGAGUCAGUUGCACGUCUGUGCUGAAGUUAGGUCGUCUGAUCUGCCUCGGUUUUGUGUUUUCGUGCAGGGGAGUUCGAAAAAAUGAGAAAAAGUGUUUUUUGGCCGAAAAGGGGAAAAUACCUGGCCGUGACACAAAAUACCCGACCGGGUAUUUUUGUGUCGCGGCCUGGACCCCUUCUGUGCUCUGGGGAGAAAAAGGGCAAAAGCCCGACCUUGACUCAAAAAUACCCGACCGAUUAUUUUUGAUUCAAGGCCGGGGAUUUUCCCCUACGUGGUACGCCACGUUUCGCAACCCCCGACCGGGUAUUUUUGCUUUAUAAGCAAACCCCCGAUCAGAACUUUCUCUCUCCUCUCAUUUUUUUUCCAAACUUCCCCUCUCUUCCCUCUCAUUUCCUCCCCCCUCUCUCCCGCGUGAGCGCCGCCGCCCAACACCAGCCACCGCUUCGCCGCCGCCCCGUCGCCUCCGGUCGCCGGCCGAUUUUCCGGGGGACUUUCCGGCCACCUUCUGGCCAUUUUUCCGGUGACUUUCCGGCCGUAUUUCCGACGAGCUUUUCCGGACCAUUUUGGGAGUGGUUUCGCGUCCCUCACCCUCUCCUUGUGUCCCCUCUACGGUCCUACUUUAGUUUCCAAGUGUGUUGUUUGCUCCGUUUAUUAUUUUCUGGAAAAUCGGACUAUAGAUUUUAGGACCGAGAACUGUGAUUUGCAUGGCAUGUUUGAAAUUAGAAUAGGGUGAGGGAUGCCGUGGUUAUGAUUGGCUAAUAUAUGAUGCCCUGUUGC